AGACUGAAACUUUCGCGAGUUUUGGCUUUUGUUACUAAACACCUACGAAUUGUGCGCUCUUCAAGACUUUUCGGCCAUUUAAGUUCAAAUUUGGCGCAGCUCGAAUCAACGGCGGCUUGGAUGCUCAAUUUCUCAGUCAAACACCCUGUUGAUUAAAAAUGGAGGUUUCGGAUCCUACAAUAGAGCAAUGGAAGAUCAAGAGACUUAUACAAAAGCUAGAAUCUGCCAAAGGCAAUGGAACUAGUAUGAUCAGCUUGAUCAUCCGUCCCAAGGAUGAUAUUACUCGUAUCAGUAAGCUUUUGGCAGAUGAAUUUGGCACUGCAUCAAAUAUCAAAUCUAGAGUUAAUCGUUUGUCAGUCCUGUCUGCCAUUACUUCUACCAUGCAAAGAUUAAAACUCUAUCGCAACACACCGCCCAACGGCCUAGUUGUGUACUGUGGUACUGUUAUUACAGAAGACGGUAAAGACAAAAAGGUCAACAUCGACUUUGAGCCCUUUAAGCCCAUAAACACUUCUCUCUAUCUUUGCGACAAUAAAUUCCACGUAGAGGCCUUGCAUGAGUUGUUGGAGAGUGACGACAAGUUCGGAUUUAUCAUCAUGGAUGGUAACGGUGCCCUUUACGGUACAGUCCAGGGAUCUACAAAGGAGGUUCUUCACAGUUUUACUGUUGACCUUCCAAAGAAGCACGGAAGAGGUGGUCAGUCCGCCCUCCGUUUUGCACGUCUGAGAUUGGAAAAACGCCAUAAUUACAUAAGAAAAGUUGCUGAAAACGCCGUUCUCAUGUUUAUUACAAACGAUAAACCAAAUGUUACCGGCCUAAUUUUGGCUGGUAAUGCAGAUUUUAAGAAUGACUUGGCUGCUUCGGAUAUGUUUGACCAGAGAUUGGCUGCUAAGGUUCUAAAGAUAGUUGACGUAUCCUACGGUGGAGAAAAUGGCUUCCAACAGGCCAUUGAACUUGCGUCUGAAUGCCUCUCAAACGUCAAGUUUGUGCACGAGAAAAAGGUUAUCAAAAGGUUCUUUGAUGAAGUCGCACACGACACUGGUAAAUAUGUAUAUGGAGUUCAAGAUACCAUCCAAGCACUCGAAGGAGGAAUGAUUGAGUUGCUCAUUAUCUAUGAGGCACUUGACAUAGUCAGGGUUUCACUCAAAAAUCCAGUUACCGGUGAAGAAUCUGUCAAACUUUUAAGUGCAGACGAAGAAAAUAAAGAGGAGCAUUACAAGGAUGGUGCAGUAGAACUCGACGUUGUCGACAAACUACCACUGAUCGAAUGGAUUAUCAACAAUUACCAAAAUUACGGAAGCGCACUCGAUUUCGUUACAAAUAAAUCACAAGAGGGAUCCCAAUUUCACAGCGGAUUCGGUGGAAUUGGCGGUAUUUUGAGGUACAAGAUGGAUAUGAACGACUACGGAGAAGCCUACAGCGAUGACGGAGAUUUCAUGUAA